AUGUCAAGCCCAUUGUUGAAUAUCCCGUGUGAAAUUCUUCUGUCGAUCUGCUGCUAUUUAGGGGACAUUGACGAUGUAUUACAUCUCGCACGAUGCUGUAAACAAUUACACGGCACGUUCGAACGACAGAGCCAUCGCCUGGUGGCAUUUCGAUCGGUAAUAGGCAAUGCCGCUCAUCACCGCUACGAUCUCAAACUGUCCCCAGUUUUAAACAUCUCUCAGCGACUCUUUGCUGAAUAUAGCGCGUCCCAUGGGAAACCGCCUUUAUCAAAACGUCCUAUCCACGCGGACAUCUUGAACCUCCACACCCCUGAUGGUGACUCUUUACCCGAAGAUGAGGUGUGGUCAAUCGUGUGCCGGUGGCAGGGCUUCCGUCUCCUCUACGACCUUUACUGCAACCCCUCCAUUCGGUCAAGGUAUUCGCGCUCAGAAGAGCAUGCGCUCGUACAUGACGAGCCUCUCCUAGAACCGACCAUUACACCGCAUAAGGACACGGUGCCUGGAGGCUGUGCCACAUUGCCUAGCCUACGAAACCGAGCACAUUGGUUCGCCGUGGAGGCAUUGUGGCUGGCCAGAAUAUCACGUUAUAAAACACCACAAGAACGAAACAACCGCUUCGUCCAGGAGAAGCUGGACGUUCUCGAAAUCUUCGUUGAUGUCUAUGGCAUGCGGAGUUGGUUGGACGAGGACGGAGCAGGGCUCUAUUUUGACGGUGAGCAGUCCGAAGGCGUGAACUGGGCCUUUUUUGUUCGAUCUGUUACUCAAUACCUUCGGCCCCCCAAUAUUAUUGAGUUACUGCUGUCCUUGGUGUGGAACCCUUAUCUUCGCACGUUGGGAUUCUUUGACGAACAGCAAGGCAUCUGUGAACAGCCAGGCACUCGAGAGUCACCGGACUGGCGGUGGUUGUUUCCGGGAGCCUUUCUUGAGUAUGAUGUACUUGCCAGUGUCAUCCACCAAGUCACUUAUGAAGAUGGCGAUGAGGCUUUGCGUGCUCUGUGGGAGUAUAUCUGGUGGGGGGCCAUAAUCUUUCGAGACGAGACCAGCAGUCAAAUCCUAUGGCGGAUGCGAACCAUGAUAGUCCCGCAUUUGCGGCAUAGCUGGUAG